CUAGCCUGCCUGUCCCCAGCUGCCACCAGAGGGCAGGGACGGGACGCCCUGCGGAGCUGGCACAGCCUGGGAGAGGGAGCUGGCAACCGCAGCCCCUCUCCCCCCUUUCCCCAGCACUGCCCACCCUAAUUCCCUCUUAAAGUCCUUGGCAUAAUCCCCCACCCCAACAGACCAGCCUUUCCCUUCUAAUUCCCCAGGGUCAGGGCAGGGCGAUGCCCUGGGGGGCAGGGGAUGUCCAGGGGAUUUAGGGUGCCCCAGGCUGGGUACAGAGACCCCUUCCCCCCCCACUCCACCGAGCCUUGUCCGUGCCCGACACCGGGCUGGGAUAGGCCACGGCAUUUGUCCCGGUGCUUGUGAGAUGAGCCUCGACCCCCGGCACAUGGGGCUGACCCGCACCGGCACCGCUGUGUGCCCACCUGCCCGCCACGCAGCCGGGCCCCCGGCGGGGCUGCCUCACACCGGGUAGGAUCCGGCUCUGCCCGUACUCCCGGAGACAGGGUUAAAUCCCGAGCGGGUGGCGCGGGUGGUACCUGGGAGGUGCUCGCUUCAUUAAUUCUGGCAUGUGAGGAGAGCAGGACCGGGAAGAGAUUAGAUAUUAACCCGGCCAGCGCCUCCCGCCCGGCAGGCACCCCAAUCUGGGGGGCUUCCAGUGUCGGAUCCCACCCUGGGGCCCUUCGCGUGGGACCAGAGGGGCCACGGGACCGGGGGCUCGGCCGGCACGGGCAGGGUUUGGCAGGAGCUCCGGCACGGCUUGCGGCAGGCUGGGACGGCCGGUGCCCCCCCUUCACCAACCGGGGGUUAUUUACUUGGAGAAGGAGGUGGAAAUGUGCUGACCGCGUCCGCCGGCGGCGAGGGGCUCCGCUCUGGACAGAACCGGCUCGGGUGGAAAACAGCUCCCUGGCCCCAGCCGGAGCAGGGAGGCAGCUGGGAGGGCGAGGGGGGCCCCCAGGUACGGCCCCCCCCGGCUCCAGGUACGGCUCUGGCCUUGCCGAGGUGAGCUGCCGCGGCUGGCUGAGCAGAAACGCACCGGGGCUCGCUCGGUCGGCCGUGCCGGCCGUGCCAUCGUGCCAGCCGUGCCAGCCGCCUGGCCCUGCGGCUCCAGAGGAAAGCAUCCCUGGACACCCCACUUGGCACCCGCCCCGUGGUGCAGGAUGGGGGCUGCGGCGGUGCCACCGGUGGUCACCUGCCUGCUGCUGCUGGCCCUGCUUCCUGCAGCCGGUGGCCAGGGCACCCCUCCCUUGGGCUGUGGGAAGGAUCUCUCCUCCCUCUACUACAACCUCUGCAACCUCUCAGCAGCCUGGGGCAUCGUGCUGGAGGCCGUGGCCAGCCUCGGCAUAGUGACCAGCUUCGUGCUCACCAUCAUCCUGGUGGCCAGCCUGCCCUUUGUGCAGGACCCCCAGAAGAAGAGCCUGGUGGCCACACAGGUCUUCUUUCUUCUGGGCACUUUUGGGCUCUUCUGCCUGACGUUCGACUUCAUUGUGGGGCCAGAUUUCUCCACCUGCACCUCCCGCCGCUUCCUCUUUGGCGUCCUCUUCAGCAUCUGCUUCUCCUGCCUCCUGGCGCACGCCGUGGCCCUCAACUUCUUGGUGCGGAGGAACCGGGGCCCGCGGGGCUGGGUGACACUGGCAGUGGCCCUUCUCCUCACCUUGGUGGAGGUGAUCAUCAAUGCCGAGUGGCUCAUCAUCACAGUGGCACGGCAGGAGGGUGGCCCCCCAGACCCUUGCCAGCUGGCGGAUGCUGACUUCGUCAUGGCGCUCAUCUAUGUCAUGUUCCUGCUGGUGGCCACCUUCAGCACUGCCUGGCCAGCCCUCUGCGGCCGCUACGGCCACUGGCGCAAGCACAGUGCCUUCAUCCUGUCCACCACUGGCCUCUCCAUGGCCAUCUGGGUGGCGUGGAUGGCCAUGUACCUCUACGGCAACCAGCACGUGGGCGAGAAGCCCAGCUGGGAUGACCCCACGCUGGCCAUCGCGCUGGUGUCCAACGCCUACGCCUUCCUCCUCCUCUACGUCAUCCCUGAGGUGACACACGUGACACGGCGGAGCCCCGAGCAGGCCUUUGAGGACGACGUCUACCCCACACGUGGGGUGGGCUAUGAGACAAUCCUCAAGGAGCAGAAGUCACAGAGCAUGUUCGUGGAGAACAAAGCCUUCUCCAUGGAUGAGCCCUCCUUCGCCAAGAAGCCGGUGUCCCCGUACAGUGGCUACAAUGGGCAACUGCUGACCAGUGUCUACCAGCCCACCGAGAUGGCUCUGAUGCAGAAGGGGCCGAGUGAAGGUCCCUACGAUGUGAUCCUGCCCCGAGCCUCCACCAGCAGCCCGGGGACCGGCAGCGCCAGCUCCACGCUGCGAGCUGAGGACGUCUUCGCGGCACAGGCCCGGCACGCCGGCCUGCGGGAUGGCCGGGGCUGCCAGGUGCAGUCCCCAUAUGGCAGGAACCGGUGGUGAAGCCCCUGUGGCACAGGUCUGCAGUGCCAGCACAGCUGCCGUCCUGCUCCUGAGGUCUCGUCAAGCCUCAUCCCACCCCAGUGUCCAUCUCAGCCCAUCCAGCAGCUGGAGCCGGUUCCUGCACAGGGGACACUCGGAUGCGGUCCUGGAGCCACCAUCCCGUCCUGCCUGGCUGCAGCACCCACAAGCUGCCAGCUCUGCCCGGACCCUGCAUCCCCACUGCCAUCCCUGCCACAAGGAUCAGCUCCCAUGGGGCCACCCCAAGUUGUCCCAUCGCUGCUGUCAUGACACACAGAUGCCCCAUCUCCUCCAGGCCAGGGACCACCUGCUGCUGAGAAGCUGGGGGGACUUCUGCCUGGGGCUCCCCCCACACCAAGCCUCUGGUUUCAUGCUGACUCUCGCCUGCCGCGGGGACACCAGAGGCCCUGAGCCAAGACAGCACCAUCCUGCUGCAGGGCACAAGGUGACACAAAGCUCUCCCAAGCCCUGGCCCCCUCUGUGCCUCAGUUUCCCUGCUGGGGGGAGGGGGACUGCUCAGGGUCUGGGGGAUCAGUGCCUUGCUGGGAUUGGGGGUCUGGCCCCCAGUUUCUCCAGCCGCCUCCUCGGUGCCUUCCCCCACCUGGGGGCUCAUGGGUCCCCGCAGGGAGCAAGGGGGGAGCUGAGCCCCCCACCCUUAACGUGGCUUUCCCGAUUGCUCUUCCUCUUCCCCCUGUUUUUCAGGUCAGACCCAAUAAAGGUGGUUUUUCCUAGG